AGUACAUAGAGAAGCACUCAGUAACUGGUAGCUAAUAUUGCCCUUGAGAGCCUCUAGGAUCCGGGCUCUUGCCAUGGCUUGCUCUUCCAUCUUGGUGUCCUUACAGCCCAGGAUGGCUGUGAAAUAGAUGACAUGGGGAAGAAUUUUGUAUGGAUGAAUGUAUUUUUUUUAGUUAUUUUAAAUCACUUUUCCUAAAUACAGGUAUCUUCAAAAACAAACAUUUCAGAGGUUUUACUAAUCUGCAGGAUGAACCAGUUAGGAGGUGCAAAUAGCUAUGGGCAACUUGGCCUUGGCCAUAAGGAAGAUGUGCUUUUGCCCCAGCGACUGAAUGAUUUCUGUAAACCUGAGUGUGUCAGGAGUAUCACAGGAGGAGGGGGCCACUCUGCAAUUGUCACAGAUGGAGGAGGCCUUUUUGUCUGUGGCCUGAACAAAGAUGGGCAACUGGGGCUCGGUCACACAGAGGAUGUUCUGUAUUUUACCCUCUGUAAAUCCCUCCAUGGCUGUCCCAUCCAACAGGUGGCCUGUGGCUGGGAUUUUACUAUUAUACUCACAGAAAAUGGUCAAGUUCUAUCAUGUGGAUCCAACUCUUUUGGCCAAUUAGGAGUUCCUCAUGGGCCUCAAAGAUGUGUGGUUCCCCAGGCCAUUGAGCUCCUGAAAGAGAAGGUUGUUUGUAUUGCUGCUGGGCUGAGGCACGCAUUAGGUGCUACAG